GACAAAGUGACAAACACACGUAAACUGCAGGUGCGUGUAGAUCAGAUAUAGCGAAUGUAUAGAAAGAUAGCUCUCUGAUGAAAAGAAACAAACAAACAUAUAAACUGCAGGUGCGAAGACGAGAUAUAGAUGGCGGGGUCAGUGGGAGGGAGUAGAAUGAGUGUGUGGGAGGAAGUGGCUGAGCUGACGAAGGCGGCUCAGGAGAAGGGCAGCGACCCUCGGCUGUGGGCGGCUCAGUUAUCCGCCGCCCUCGGCAGUGCCGGCGAGUCUCUGCCGUCGACGGAGGUGGCCCACCUCCUUGUCUCUCACAUAUGCUGGGCCAAUAACAUCCCCAUCGCCUGGAAGUUCUUGGACAUGGCACUGACCGCCAACAUUGUGCCCCCGACGCUCGUCCUCGCCCUUCUGUCUGCCAGGGUCAUACCAUGUCGACAGCUCCAUCCCGCAGCAUAUAGGCUUUUUCUGGAGCUCCUUUGGAGGCAUGCUUUUUCAUUUGCAUCUCAAAGCAGUGGACCAAAUUAUCAUAAGAUCAUGAAAUCCACUGAUGAGGUUCUUUAUCUUUCCCAAAUAUUUGGCCUCCAAGAUUCUCAACCUGGGCUUCUUGUGGUUGAGUUUGUCUUUUCAAUUGUAUGGCAGUUACUUGAUGCAUCAUUAGAUGAUGAAAGGUUGUUAGACCGCACCCCAGAGAAAAUGUCUAUAUGGGAAACCAAAUCACAAGAUAUGGAAAUAGAUGAUCUUGAUAGCUUUCUUGUGAAGAGAACCAAAUAUCAUGAGAGAAUGCAGAAAAUAAAUACUGUAAUUGCUGUUGAGAUUAUUGGGAAAUUUCUUGAUAAUAAAGUUACUUCCAGGAUUCUUUACUUGGCAUGCCGAAACAUGUCUUCGCACUGGGAAAGUUUCACACAGCGAUUAAAGCUGCUUGCAGCAAAUUCAUUGGCUUUGAAGAAUUCAAAACAUAUGACUCCAGAGGCUCUUCUACAACUAACAUCUGAUAUACAAAAUGUUGUAUCCUGGAAAUGCAGAAUGAGUUCACAGCAACCUUCUCAUGUAAUACUGGGUGCUGGAUCUGUUAUAUCUGCUGGUCAAUGUAAUGGAGCUAGUGGUUCUGCACUUUGGCUUCCCAUUGAUCUAUUUUUGGCAGAUGCAAUGGAUGUGUCACGAGUGGCGUCGACGAGUGCUGUUGAUGUUCUCUCUGGCUUGGUAAAGACUCUGCAGGCUGUUAAUAAUACCACAUGGCAUGAUACGUUUUUAGGUCUAUGGAUUGCAGCUCUUCGACUUGUUCAAAGGGAAAAGGAUCCUAUUGAAAGUCCUGCACCUUGCCUUGAUAUCAGCUUAUGCAUGUUAUUGUCUAUUACAACACUUGCGGUUGCUAGUGUUAUUGAGGAAGAGGAAGGCACCCUGACUGAUGGAGUUGAAUGCAGCAGCUCCACCAAUCAAAAGAAAGUGAAACAAGUUCUUGGAAGACGCCACAAGGAUUUGGUUUCAAGCCUGCAGUUAUUGGGUGAUUAUAAAGGCUUGUUGACUCUACCCGUAACCCUGACCUCAAUAGCCAAUCAAGCUGCAGCCAAAGCAAUGAUGUUUCGGGUUGGGAAAGAAUAUGCCGAGUGCGUGAGCAUGGAUGAUAUACUGACGAAUUGUUCAGGAAACCUGUGGCAUUUGAUUGUUGAAGCUUGCAUUGCAAGAAAUCUACUGGACACUUCAGCAUAUUUUUGGCCUGGCUAUGUGGAUGGAUGUCACAGUCAUGUACCUCGCAGCAUUCAUUGCCAAGUGCCUGGUUGGUCAUUCUUGAUGAAAGGGUUCGCUCCGACUCCAUCGAUGAUAAAUGUUUUGGUAUCAACACCGGCUUCAAGCUUAUCAGAGAUUGAGAAAGUUUACAAUAUGGCAAUUAAUGGAUCAGACAAUGAGAAGAUAUCUGCUGCUACCAUUCUUUGUGGAGCAUCCCUAAUCCAUGGUUGGAAUAUACAGGAACACACUGUUCUUUUUAUUACAAGAUUAUUGUCACCCUCGAUUCCUGCAGACUAUUCUGGAACUAACAGCCAUUUGAUUGGUUUUGCUCCAUUUCUGCAUGUUCUAAUCCUUGGGAUAUCCUCUUUUGAUUGUAUUCGAAUUUUCUCCUUACAUGGUUUGAUUCCACAACUUGCAGGUGCAUUGAUGCCAAUUUGUGAGGUUUUUGGGUCUUGCAUGCCUAACUUAUCAUGGACUCUUAUGACUGGGGAAGAAAUAUCUGCGCAUACAGUAUUCUCCAAUGCAUUUAUUCUUCUAUUAACACUAUGGAAGUUUAAUAAGUCACCACUUGAACACAUGAUGGUAGAUGUGCCUCCAGUGGGAUCCAAGUCCAUUCCUGAAUACCUCCUAUUGUUGCGGAAUUCCCAAUUAGCCACAUUUGGAAACAUGAAGGAUCAGACCAAAAGCUGGGGAGUUUGUAGAAAUCAAAGUCUGUCUAUGGAGCCCAUGUUUAUGAAAUCUUUUCCAAAAUUAAAACUUUGGUACCAGCAGUAUGAAGCAUGUAUUGCUUCAAGCCUCUCAAGUCUUUCUCCUGGGACCCCUUUACAUGAGAUUGUUGAUGGGCUCUUGAACAUGAUGUUUGGAAAAAUUUGUAGUGGUGGUAAGGACUUGAUACCUACAACUUCUGAAAAUUGUAGGUCUCCUGGAAGAACUGAAAGUGCCUCUUCUCAACUCAAGUUACCUGCAUGGGAUAUCCUUGAAGCUAUCCCUUUUGCACUCGAUGCUGCUUUAACAGCCUGUGUCCAUGGGAGACUAUCUCCACGUGAACUGGCUACUGGGUUGAAAGAUCUUGCUGAUUUUCUUCCUGCAUCUGGGGUAACGAUUGUCAGCUACCUUUCAGUUGAAGUAACACAAGGUGUGUGGAAGCUAGCUUUUAUGAAUGGAAUUGAUUGGCCAAGCCCUGCUGCAAAUAUAUCCAUGGUGGAGCAAAAGAUAAAGAAAAUUUUGACUAAUGCUGGUGUUAAUUUCCCUAGUCUUGCUACAGGAGCAAGCUUACCAGCCACACUUCCUUUACCAUUGGCUGCCUUCAUAAGCUUCACAAUAACGUAUAAACUUGAUAGAGCUUCUGGAUCCCUCUUGAAUUUUUCUGGUCUAGCCUUGAGCAAUCUCACGGCAGGUUGCCCAUGGCCAUGUAUGCCCAUCAUGACUGCCUUAUGGUCCAAGAAGGUGAAGCGCUGGACUGACUUCCUUUUGAUUCGUGCUGCUUGCAGUGCUUUCCGCCACAACAGUGAAGCUGUAGUGCAGCUCCUCAAGGUCUGCUUCUCGUCCAUUCUUGGGUUUGAUACUUCUCUCAUCUCCGGUGGUAGUGGUGUAGGUGCUCUCCUUGGCCAUGGGGUUAGUUCCCUUUUUUCUGGUGGGGUUGCUCCUGUUGCCUCUGGAUUUCUGUACUUAAAAGUAUACCAGCAUGUCAGGGAUGUUACCUUCAUGACAAAAAAAAUCAUCUCUCUUUUAAUGUUUUUUGUUAGAGAGAUUGCAAUGGGUGGGUUGCCAAAUGAGCAGUUAGAGACAUUGAAGAAGAUGAAGUGUGGAAUGAGAUAUGGGCAGCCUUCUCUUGCCGCAGCUAUGGCACGUGUCAAACUCUCUGCUUCAUUUGGGGCUUCCUUGGUUUGGAUAUCCGGAGGAUGGACUUCAGUUCAAACUUUGAUCAGAGAAACCUUACCGUGUUGGUUUAUAUCAGGCCAUGGAUUGGAGAUAGAUGGGGAGGAGUCCAGAGGGAUGGUUGCGAUUUUAAGAGGUUAUGCUCUAGCAUACUUUGCACUGCUUUGUGGGACAUUUGCUUGGGGCGUGGACUCGGUAUCACCAGCAUCAAAGCGGCGGCAGAGUGUUCUUCGCAACCAUUUAGAGUUUCUUGUGAGUGCUUUGGAUGGGAAAAUAUCAUUGGGCUGUGAUCUGGCCACUUGGCGAGCUUAUGUGGAAGGAUUUGUGGGUUUGAUGGUUGAAUGCACGCCAACAUGGUUGUUUGAGGUGGAUGUAGAUGUGUUAAACAGGUUGAGUAGGGGAUUGAGGCAGUGGAAUAAGGAAGAAUUGGCUCUAGCACUAUUAGUAAAGGGUGGGGUUAGGACAAUGGGCGCAGCUGCUGAGCUCAUUAUUGAAAGUAAUAUUUGAUUUUUUGUCAAAUCUACACUGUAUAUUGGUUUAUGAGGUUUUAAAUGAGGUUUUGAAUGCCAUAUUUCUUGAA